AUGAUCUCCCAGGUGUUUCUGAACUCUAAAUUUACGGGAGUGUAUUCUGAGAACCUUCAACUAAAUCUCGAGACGUAAAAACGAUGUCUGACAUGCAGUCAGAGCGUCAAAAUUAUUUAGUUCUGUAGAAUUCCAUAAAAACAAAAUUGUAAUUAUUCCAAGUCUGUAGCCUACUUCAUUUUCAAGCAAAAGAGAGCAAUUAGCUCCCGCCUGAAAGUUAAUAAAUCUCUGCUCAGUGAAACCAGGUGUGGUUCUGGAAAGAAGCCAGGUUCCUAUGGUAACUUCGGAUCGCCAUUUAAAUUGUCUCUCGGCCUCCUGCCCUGACGUCACUUCCGGUGUUACCUGUGUCGUUACUGGGAGCUGUAAACAAGGUGUGCAAGCAUCUGGAGAGCUGCCGGGAUGCAGCAGAGAGGAGCAGCUGGAAGCCGUGGCUGCUCUCUCUUCCCUCUGCUGGGCGUCCUGUUCUUCCAGGGUGUUUAUAUGGUCCUUUGCUUGGAGAUUCAUGCAGAUGCCCAUGUCCGAGGUUAUGUUGGAGAAAAGAUCAAGUUGAAAUGCACUUUCAAGUCAACUUCAGAUGUCACUGACAAGCUUACUAUAGACUGGACAUAUCGCCCUCCCAGCAGCAGCCGCACAGUAUCAAUAUUUCAUUAUCAGUCUUUCCAGUACCCAACCACAGCAGGCACAUUUCGGGAUCGGAUUUCCUGGGUUGGAAAUGUAUACAAAGGGGAUGCAUCUAUAAGUAUAAGCAACCCUACCAUAAAGGACAAUGGGACAUUCAGCUGUGCUGUGAAGAAUCCCCCAGAUGUGCACCAUAAUAUUCCCAUGACAGAGCUAACAGUCACAGAAAGGGGUUUUGGCACCAUGCUUUCCUCUGUGGCCCUUCUUUCCAUCCUUGUCUUUGUGCCCUCAGCCGUGGUGGUUGCUCUGCUGCUGGUGAGAAUGGGGAGGAAGGCUGCUGGGCUGAAGAAGAGGAGCAGGUCUGGCUAUAAGAAGUCGUCUAUUGAGGUUUCCGAUGACACUGAUCAGGAGGAGGAAGAGGCGUGCAUGGCGAGGCUUUGCGUCCAUUGCGCUGAGUGCCUGGAUUCAGACUAUGAAGAGACAUAUUGAUGAAAGUCUGUAUGACAUAAGAAGAGUCACCUAAAAACAGGAAUCAUCCCAUUCCUCUGGCAGCUAAAGCCUGUCAGAGAAAGUGGAGCUGGCCUGGACCAUAGUGAUGGACAAUCCUGGAGAUUAUCAGUAAAGACUUUAGGAAGCACUUAUUUAUUGAAUAAAUGUUCUUGUUGUAUUUAUAAACUGUUCAAGAACUCUCAUAAGAGACUCAUGACUUCCCCUUUCAAUAAAUUAUGCUGUAAUUGAAUGAAGAAAUUCUUUUCCUGAGCAAAAAGAUACUCUUUGAUUCGUCUUUGCUCUGGAAUGUAUUACAUGUUUUCUUCCAACUGUUUGAAGGAGAAUUCUAAAUGUUUGCCACACUGCUGAUGCCCAAAUAAUUUUUUAAAUGAAGUGGAGCUUGUGGCUUCCUGAUGUGUCACCAGACAAAAUAUUCACUUGGGAUAGGUAUUCUUUGUUUUUUGCUCCAUGUACACUUUCAGCUGUGAGUUAGUAUAGGGCAUAUACUUACCGGUUUAAUGACUUCAACCUCAGUUGUGUUUGGAUAACUUAGGGUGUAUACCCUUAGUUUCCUUCGAGUUGGUAGGAUCAAGUCAUUGGUUUGCUUUGACUGGGUUUUUAAGUAUUAAAUACAGUGUCAUCAAUUUACAGUUAAGGAAAGGAAUCAUGAAGUAGAAAAAUUAUUUUCUUUAGUCUUGCUGGUACAAUUUAGGCUAAGCAGUCUUUGUUAUUUUCUUUCUUGCCUUUUUUUUUUUUUUUUUUGAGGCAGAGUCUCACUCUGUCACCAGGCUGGAGUGCAGUGGCGUGAUCUUGGCUCACUGCAACCUCUGCCUCCUGGGUUCAAGCAAUUCUCGUGCCUCAGCCUCUCGAGUAGCUGGGAUUACAGGCAUGCGCCACCACACCCAGCUAAUUUUUGUAUUUUUAGUAGAGAUGGGGUUUCACCAUUUUGGCCAGGAUGGUCUCAAUCCCCUGACCUCGUGAUCCACCCGCCUCAGCCUCUCAAAGUGUUGAGACUACAGGUGUGAGCCACUGCGCUUGGCCUGUUAUUUUAUUUUCUUAUAACUACAACUUUUCUUCUUGACUUUUCAGGUCAGAAGCAAGAAAAACUCUUUACAGGUUUUUAGUGGGGGGGCUUAUGGAGUAUUUCAGGAGUUCUUUGCAAUUAAAUCACCUUUUCACUUGUAUUAUUUUUCAAAACUUUGUUGAUUUCUAAAAUGUGCCAACUAUGAGUAAACUAUGGUAUUUGCAAGCGGUUUUUACAUAAUAUUUGAGAUGAGGAAGUGAGAUUGUGCAUGACAUACUUCUCCUUUGUAUUCUCUCAGUGCCUUAUAGCAGGUUACUCCAUUCUGCUAUGACAACUUGUUUCAAAUGUUAAUUUACAUAGGAUUUUUUAUAAGCCAUUAAGGCAUAUGUAUAGCAUAUCAGUAAAGAUGGAUGGUGCAUAUAUAAAUAGUCCUCUGUAAUAGUGAUUGGAUUUACUUCUCAAUUAUGAGAGACAAAAAUUAUCGCCUCACCUGUCUCUAUUGUUUCAACAGGUUGAUCCCUUUUCAUGAUUUUUCAUUAGGUGGUUCAGGAAGUUUCCAUAUUACAGCACUUUAGACUGUAUAUGUUAGUUUAAAAAUCACUUUUCUCCCUCUCAAUUUCUUUUUUUUUUUUCGAAGACUUAAUUUAAAAAAUUUGGGUUGUUAGAUCUGUAUCAUAGAUUUGGCCUGGCCUCUUCUAUUAACCUAGUCCACAGAUUAUCAAAUCUGGUUAGUUGAAGGACAUUGUGAUUUGACUCUGGUCACGCGAGGAAGUAGAAGAGGCAAAGACAGGACUGGCAGUUUACAUUUUCAGUGGUUAAACCUCACGGUACUUUGGGGCUGCUUGUUAAAUUUGUGGUUGUCUGAGGCCAAUCUAACGUGACCAUUUCUGACACCUCAAUAGAGAAAGGAAAGCAACUUGAGCAAUGAGAGUAAAUAACUUGGGCUCUCAGAGAUUUGAAGAUAGAGAUCUAAUUGUGCGGGGGACUAUUUUGCAGGUCCUCAUUUCUCCAAGAAAGAGAUGGUGUUACAGGAACCCACUGAAAGCCACAUCCCAUUAAAUGAGGAACCAGUUUUGGCUGGGCCUUCUUGUAAUGUCCUUGCAGGUGUGUUGUGAAGAUUACUGCAGGGUGGUAUGUUUGUAGAUUGACCCCUAGUCUAAACUUGAGGUAAUUGGUGCUCUGUGAAUACUCAGUCAUGUUCUUUUAUAGCCUUAAUCAUGAUUUGAACUAGUCCCUUGCUUUUUAAAUGACUGAAUGGAGUCCUUCGUGGUAAGGGAGUACAUUGAUAAUUUAGUUUACUUUAUGGGUUUGUGGUCACAUCCCAGUCAUCAGCUGCUAUCAUUUUCCUUCUUCAUCCCUUAUACUGAGAUUUGGGUUACAGCUUUUUAUUCUUUGAAGGAUCACAAAGCAGUGUACAGACACCUGCCUUCUUUAAGGAUGAAAGGAAGAUAAAGUGGCUUUUUUUGUUUACUUAUUUGUUUCACGUCUUGUUUGAGUAACUUCUAAGGUGCUAUUCUCUCUCUCUUUUUGCUACCCCAUGAGCUCUUGUCACAGCCAUGGAAACCAGCCUCGUUUAGAAAGGGAACUUAGUUCAGAAGGGGUUAAAAGCCUUCCAGAAUUUUUCUUUAGCUGCUGAAGUUUUUACUUGUGGUUACGUGACCUUAAGUUUUAUGCAUUACGCUCUUAAUUCGAUUACAAAAUGUGAACUUACCAAUUGCUUUGUGUUUUCCAUGUGACCUGUUACUUCAGGCUACAUGGGGAACAUCUUAGUCCUCUGUAGCUCCUGAACCCAGCACUGGUGCUUCAAGAGAGAAGGUAGCACAUCUUUGUUCAAAACAAAACAAAACAGCACUUCUGGAGGCCACAUCCUGAAUAUGAAUGUUCUACUAAGUCACUCAGUUAUGGUUCUAAAGGGAAACUGUAAGAAGACCCACAAGGAGAGGACCAAGACUAUUAUUUAAUUGCACAACUUGAAACUUUGCUGCCAGAAGAGGCAGCUCCAUUCCUUUGACUCCAGUGUUGGGCUGUUAACUGCUGCACCUCAUUGCCUUUUUUUGUUUUUGUUUUUGUUUUGUAGGAGGGUAGGCACUGUUGGGCCAUAUGCACAGAUAUUGUAACUCUUGAUAUCUUUACUGUAUCAUAGUCAAUAAACUUCUUUGCACCCUUUGGCUA